AUGGGAUGUUGCAACUCUACAGAGAUAGAAGAGGAGCUAGACCCACUUGCUCAAUUCCACGAGAGUACCGCCAGACAGUGUGAUAUAAAACCUAAUUAUUUUGUCCUCGAGAUAGGGUUUUAUAAAGGACAUGGACUACAGGUUGUACUGGAGCUUCUCAAUGGUGGUCCUGGGAGGGUAAUGGGUACAGAAACAUCGGAAAAACAUCUGGAGGAAGUGACCAAAAAACUACACGAAGAUAUUGAUACAGGAACUCUAGAACUUGACCUUAGUGCACCGGAAUCUUUAUCGUACCUUCAUAAUAUGUUUGAUUGUGUUUAUAACGUAAACGGUUUCUAUUACUGGGAUGAUAUUAAAACGGCCGCAUGUGAAAUUUAUCGUGUUCUUAGACCUGGAUGUCUGUUUCUCACGUGUAUUCAUGACUAUAAGCCAGUUCUCACAAAAAAGCAGCAGAAACGACAAGAUAAUGUGCCAAAGGUAAAGAAUAAAGGAAUUUCUAUACAAGAUUAUGCCGAUAUUUUACGAGAACAAGGAUUUGCUAAUGUUAGAAUUCUUGAACAUAGGAAUAUUCACUCAGGAUUUAAAUAUCAAACAGUACAAGCCUUUGCCAGGAAAAGGAAGUAACAGCCAUAGUGAGCUU